UUUCUUGGUAUUUUCUAAAUCUGCCUUCCGUCCAGAUUUCUACCUCUGAGGUUGAUGCUGGAUGAAAUAGAAUGUCCGUUUGUGUGUGUGUGUGUUUUGUUUUGCCAACAUGAUCAUUUAAUAUUUAUAUUCAGUUUACAAUCUGUGCAACUGCUUUUCUUUUAUAGCUAUCGGGCCAUAACACUUUUUUUUUUAAGUUUCUGGAGUGGGGGAGGGGUUUCUUACUGGUAAACUGAGACUACUCUGCAGAUGCGUGUGUUUCUGUAGACUACCACUUGGGGAGUCCAGUUUACUUUGCCUUAAACAGAGAGGCUAGAUUGCAAAGUGAAUGUUACCUUUUUUUUACAUCAUCGUUUAGCACUGUAGCACUCUCCACUCCACAGCAACAGAUACCAGGUAUUAAACUGACAGUCUCCUGCGGUUCAAAGACGAUUGGUGAGAAUGUGAUUAUCUCCAUAUCGUGAAAAAGAAAGAUUACACAGAAUAUAAAGGAAUGCAGAAAAGUUUUGAAGCUAGUUUCUUCUACUUUUGGGAAUGGCAAGCCUGUGGACAAUCUGGUGUGUACUCGUCUCCUUCAUCUGUUCUGCAAAGUCUCUUUGCCCCGAUCGAUGCGACUGCCAGCACUCUCAACACCUACUGUGCACAAACAGGGGGCUGCGGACACUGCCCAAAGCAACCAUCCAGAAUCCAGAAGAAAUCCUCAUCUACAGCCUCGGAGGUAAUUUUAUUAAUAAUAUCUCUGCUUUUGAUUUCACCCGCUUCAGCCACUUGGUAAGACUGGACUUGCAGUACAAUCAAAUCCAGUCAAUCCAUCCAAAAACAUUUGAAAAACUUUACAGAUUGGAGGAGCUUUAUUUGGGAAAUAACUUGAUACCUAACAUUUCCUCCGGCACUUUAAUUUCUCUGAAGAAAUUACGAAUUUUAUAUGUUAACAGUAAUGAGAUAAAGAAACUUACCGAGCACUCGUUUGCGAACCUGGACAGCCUAAUCAAACUGAGGUUAGACGGCAACUCGAUAGAAUUCUUGCAGGAUGCACUUUUUAACCGUUUGCCUAAUUUACUUUACCUCCAAUUAGAAUCUAAUAAAAUAAGAUACAUUCAUAAGAACGCCUUUGCAAAUUUGGGAAAACUCCGAUUUCUGAAUCUCUCAGGUAACAAGCAAACAACACUUCGAAAUGUUUUCACUUUUAGUCAACUAAAUUCUCUAACCAAUUUGAUACUUUCCGAAAAUGAAAUUCACCACGUUGGAAACCGUGUCUUUCAAAACCUUCAAAAGCUCUCUAAACUUUCCCUGAACAAUAAUAAGAUAUCGCACCUAGGUACUGAAGCUUUCAAAGGACUGUCUGGUUUAAAGGAAUUGCUGAUGAACGGAAAUCUGCUCACAGACAUCCCAUUGGGACUGCUUGAUCCACUGGAAAAAAUUGAGGAACUGGACUUUAGUAGUAAUCUAAUCUCUCAUGUGCGCCCUAAUGCAUUUAAAGAGUUAAAAUUUUUAAAAGUUGUAAACCUGAACAACAAUGAGCUAACAUCCCUUUCUGGUGAGAUUUUUGCAUUUAACCAUGUUCUUUAUAGCCUGGAUUUAAAUAAAAAUAACUGGACCUGUGACUGUAGACUUCGUGGUUUUAAACAGUGGAUGAAUUUAGUGCACACUCAUGGCAAACUCCUGACAGUCUUUGUCCAGUGCCAUCAUCCUCUUGUUUUGAAAGGGAAGUAUUUGGACUAUUUAAACAGUUCACAGCUACAAUCAACAGGUAACAACUCUGAGGCAUGUUUGUUUUCACAGUCAGAGUCAAUAGACCGCCUGACCCCUGGUGUUAAAGACAAACAGAAAUCUGCAGAGCAGCUAAACAUACAGGCAGACCAAGGAGGUCCUGGGGAACCAGACAAAGGGACUGCAGAAAAAACUAAAAGAAAAAAGGAGGCAGUCAACCACAGAGCACGUCAUGUAACAACCACAGGGUCAGUUCUAGUGAAGGAUGCAGCAACUGCUGGAAUACCUGAAAGGGCAAGGUCAGUUGGAAACCCUGGUGAUAAAAACUUGACCAUAAAGACCAUAGAAGGGGUUCCAAUGGUUUCCUUUGCCCAACCAACAUCAUACCCUGACCAAGCUAAAGCUGAGAAGUUCAACUUACUUCAGCGAGAUAACAGGAGACUUCCAGUGGUGACAGACCCAUGCGAGUUUAACAGACACUUUAUACUUAACAUUACGGCAGAGAAAGUGGAGUCCACGACAGCCACCAUUCAGUGGAAGGUUUUGGAUCACCAAGGCCCAAAGCAUUCACAAAUACAUUUCAGAAUCCUUUUUGAUAGGUUUGGCCAGCCUGUGAGGUUUCACCGGUUUAUUUACAUCCGAGACCAGUCAAACUCAGUCACUCUGCAGGAGCUGAAAGAGGACACCACCUACAUGGUUUGCAUUGAGAGUGUAAUUGCAGAGCAAGUGUGCCAGGUCGCCUCCAGGGACCACUGUACAGGGGUGGUGACUCUCCCUGAGGAGAAAAGGGCUGUGGAUUUCCAGCUGUUAACUGUAAUCAUGCUGGGCGUCAAUGCUCUGCUUGUGUUUUUGGUGUUGUCAGUGUGGAUAUCAAGGUUACUCAGGAAAAGGCUCAACAGAAGGAAGUCUGCGGUACAUGUCCGACAAAUGUACUCAACAAGGCGGCCCCUGCGCUCCUUAGGCACUGGGGUGUCUUCUGAUUUCACUGGGUACCAGUCAAAUCGUCCUCGAAAUACAAUGUGUGCCAUUGAUGAGGCAGACCUCAUUGAGUUCCCCUGUGACCGGUUUCUUGACAGCAAUAUCAGAAGAGAAGAGGCAAUGCAAAGAUUCUCUGAUUAGGCUUCAGGACAAAGGCCCUUCUUGUGUCUUUCCUUGGUCCUAUUUGAAGCCUGAAUAACAGUAUUGUUGAUGUCCUCCAAUGUAGGCCUCAGUCAAAUAUUUAUGUUUGGCUUUCCAUACAAUGAGGCCAUAUUCUUAAACCCUUUAGGACUGUUUUAAAGAAAGUUUUGAAGGACUCUUUUUUUAUUUUGUUUUUUUACAUUCCAUUAGGUUAAACAGUGCUUUGAAAAAUGCAAAUAAAAUAAUAAAUACGUUGUCUUAUAGAGAACUGAAAGUUUAAUGAAUAGAAAACUUUAAUUAAUCAAAAUGUGCUUUAAAAAAACAGUUCUUAAAAUAUUUCUUAUGUAGUCCUGGACAUUGUUUUUUAUCAGCCCUUUAAAUUGAGUCUCUUGAUAUCAUGGAGUGAAAGUGAUAAAUCAGCAACAAGCUGUGCUCUGAUUUUUAAAGGAUAUCAGCAACUAUCCUGACCCUACUAAGCUCCAAAAAAUGUUUGACCCUGCAGAACUGUGGGCAGUGUUAAGCUCCUCAAGGGUUUGACCCGACAGAAGUGAGGGCAGUGUUUAACCCCUCAAGGGUUUGUAAGCUGAAACGUGGUCUGAUGUAACAAGACAGUGAGUUGCUGCUGGGGUUUUGUUUAUUAAACAAUGACAGGCUCAAGUUGAAUUUACUUUCAAAUAUAACAUUAUUGUAUGUAUGCAGUGAUUGUAUUACUUUUUUAUAUAUAAAUGAAUGGUACCGUUGUGUUGUUUUUAAUAAGUAGGUUGUUUUUAAUACAGUAAAAAAACAAAUUAAAGGAUUUAUACUAUGCAGCCCACUUGGAAAUCCAAUAUGUGUUGCAUACAUGUCCUGCUCAUUUAUGAACAUGUGACGUGAGAUUCCUUUCAUAUUUGUUUUCAAUAUAUGAUGUUCUACCUUCCACACUUGGGAUAUCCUGCCCUCCAGUAUAGUGUAUAUGCUAUCCUUUUGAUAAUUGGCUUCUAGAACCUUACUGACCCAUGAUACAAAGUGCUUGUCAACAUUUGGAGCCUGUAGAAUUAAAACAUUUGCUGGCAGAUUGUGAAUAUUAUUCAGAAAUCAAAACUUGUCAAGAAUGGACUUAAAUCUGAUUCUUGUGUAUGCAUGUAUGAUAAAGAACAAAAGCCAUGUGUAAUUUAUAGUAGGGCCUUCCUGCAAUGUUCUUAUACAUAGCUGUUGUGUGACAUACGUACAGAAACAAAGCACAUUAUUAAGCCUUUAUUAAAAUGUUUUAGAAACAAUCCUAAUUUUCUUGGAAGUUUGUCCCUGUUUCAUAAUGCAUUUAGGAGUCGAUGUAAAGAUACAUACAAAGUGAUUUGCGGCUGCAAAACACCCAUAUUGCUGCCAAAAAAUGUGUUUAGUUGGUGUAAAGUGGGACUUUAGCGGUCACUAAAAAUUUGGUGUAUAUAAAGAAUGGUUUCCACCUGGAUUUCUGCACCUACUAUCAAAUUAGCACUUUGCCAUCUUAAUCAUUUUAAAUAAUAUUGAAAUGUAUUCAAAUGAAGAAAAGAGCAAGGAAUUGGGUGGAAUCUGGAAUACUAAAAACCAUUAUAAUGAGAUGUUGCAUUUGGGCAAUUGCUGACCCUCCAAAAACUUUGCACCUCCUCUGACAAGGUGCAAACCUAGUAGAAAUGAGUAAUUAAGAGCUGUAUAAAACCACACACCUUCAGAGACCUGUCACUGGCCUCAGGAUGGCUGCUGUGGUACACUUGAUGUGGUGACGCUUGGCUCUUGUUAAGGAGAGGCAGGAAAACCUUUGGAGGAGAAGGGCAAGACGGAGAAGAACCUGCAUAUUCAAACCCAGGGUCACCUUGUUUGGGAUGGAUUGUCCUCUCUGCUUGCCUCUCCAGCGGUGUCAGCUGUGAUGUGGAUGGCGACCCUCCUCCUGUUCCUGCUGCAUGCCUAUUGCUGUGUUGCGGGUUUUGCUUUUGUUUGCCGCUGCAGGUCAUGCCACCUUUUCAUCACCUGGUUGACUGUCUUCCUGGUAACACCAACAGCAUUGACUUUCUCCACUAUAGAGGACCAUAUGGCGUCUUUUUUAGCAUAACUGAUGUUGGCUGAGGCUUUUCCAAAUAACUCAAUUUCAUGCUGAGUGACCUCAGCCGUAAGGACUUUCAGCUACUCCUCAGAAAACUUUUAUUUUUCAUGCGCCAAGAGGACUUUGUUGCCCUUCCUCUGACAUAUUUUUUUGUUUGGUUAGAUUUUCAUGCUCCACAAAUCUCAUACAGCGCCUACUGCUCUCUGUACACCUAACUCACCUCACCUCUGGACUGUAAGUGCAGCCGCUAAAUAGCCCAAUGCACUCAUUGAGACCCUCAUUAUCAUGAUUGCAGCUCAUUAUUUGUGCCUGUUUAGUAAUUUGCAUUGCUUUUAAGCUUACAUAUGCCACAAUGCAAAAUAAUUGCCUGGCAGCCGCACUUGUUUUCACUAUGCCUUUCCUUACAUUAGCCCCUUAAUGUCCUUUACUUGUUUACUGCAGCUGUGAACAACAUGGGAAUACUUUUUAUACAAUCCAUUUCAAAACCCACUUGGAGCCAGUUUAACUAGAGCGUUUUAUUUAGAAAUGUAAUACACUCUCUUUGUGUAGAUAUGGCUAUUGUAUAAUUUUUCAGGGCAGUAAUACUGACAUAAAAUAAACCACUGUUAAGAGAAAACGUAUGCAAGUAGUUUUGCUUUUUUUGUCCCCCCGCUGAAAUGAAGCAGACCAGCUUUAACAUCACAUAGUAUGUUGGGGCAGUGUGGUUAACUGUAUGUGUGGUCCCGGGAUGACAUUAUGUUAUUAUAAACAGUGGUAAGGCUAGGAUAGUUCUGCGCUGAGACUGUAAAUAAACCUUUCUUGCUAAGUGUUUUUAGUUCUCAAAAGCAACAGGAAAGCACAAGAGAGAGUACGACACAGUUUGAGAAUUUUACAUACAAUAACAAGAAAGUGGAUGCAACUUUUUGAAUAUUUUUUAGGAAAACUUGAAGAAACAAAUACACUAAACUGAUUUUAUUACAGAAACAGAAGUUGGAACGAUAUUUCCAUUAGACAUGUCAUUGACGAUGCCUUCCUUUACCAGAUGAGAUAACAAUGUUUCAUUGAUACUAAAAUGACAAUUCCAUGGCUUUGUACAAGGGAACAAUGGUAGCACAAGAAUGCCUGCACUUGCAUGUUAUGAGAGAGAGUUGUAAUGCACACUGGCAAUCUAUCCUGGUACCAUAUCAAAAUCACUCAGCAUGCUACUGCUGAGUUUGGACCACUGUGACCAUUGUUUCAAAUCCAUUGUGUUGUCAUUGCUUCUGCUAAUGGAUCUGUCGAGGUUGCAUGUUGAAUGCUUUUACAUUUUCCUUACAAUCUUUAUAUAUUUUGUUGCCCCUAACCUUAAAAUAUGACAUUUAUAUAGCUUCUGAUCCUUAUAACAAGACUUUGUAGCUUAGAACUGCUUGCAACAACACCACACAUUGGCAGAUCUUAAUGCAGUUGCCAUAACAUUUAUAAAUCUGUUUUUGUGGACUUUGAUUUAUUGUAGUUAAAGAGCGCUGGUAUUUAGAUCCAUCAUAAAAGGCAACUUAGUAUAGGUCUGAGAACACCGUGUAACAAUUUUUUUUUUUUUUUUUGGUUCCUGGGUAGUAAGUGUUAUUUCCUAAUUGCUUAUGCCUCAAAAGUACAGAAAAUGGCUAUUAUUCACCACAAACUUUGCUUUUGUGACAAGGACAGUGAUAUUUUGAAAUUUACCUAUUUUCCAAAACAUUCCAGAUAGAUUCAGUGCUGAGUAAACUUGGAGUAACUUCUAGAACUUUCCAGUAAUAUAAAUAGUAGUAUAGAUACAGGGGCCUUAAGCCCACCAGUUCAGUUUAGUUCCAGCUGCCUAAGUGGAUACAUAUCUGCAUUUCUCUGAGAUGGCAUCAAGGUCAUAGGAGACUUCAAAAUGGUGGCAUUCCUGAUGGGUCUCCAAGGCGGUUUUACCAAGUUUCCCUGCUAUCUUUGCCUUUGGGACAGCAGGGACACCAAGGCGCACUACCACAGGCGGGACUGGCCACAGUGGACCGAGUUCUCUGUGGGGAGGAACAACGUCAAGUGGGAGCCACUGGUGGACCCCCGGAAGGUGCUGAUGCCACCACUGCACAUCAAAUUGGGCCUUAUGAAACAAUUUGUCAGAGCUCUAGAUAAGGAGUCGGCAGCCUUCAAGUACCUUCAAGAUUUCUUCCCUAAGCUGUCUGAGGCAAAGGUCAAAGCCGGUGUCUUCGUCGGACCACAGAUAAAGAAGAUCCUGGAGUGCAAUGAAUUCCCCAAGAAGCUCACUAGUAAGGAGAAAGUGGCUUGGAACAGCUUUGUCGCAGUGGUUCGGGGCUUCCUGGGCAAUCACAAGGCCGAAAACUAUGUGGAGCUGGUUGAGACUCUGGUGAAGAACUACGGCACAAUGGGCUGUAGGUUGUCCCUCAAAGUCCAUAUCCUUGAUGCUCAUCUUGAUCAAUUCAAGGAGAACAUGGGAGCGUACUCAGAGGAGCAAGGCGAGCGCUUCCACCAGGAUAUACUGGACUUUGAACGCCGCUACCAAGGACAGUAUAACGAGAACAUGAUUGGAGACUACAUUUGGGGGCUGAUUCGUGAAAGUGAUUUACAGUAUAAUCGUAAAUCUCGAAAAACUAGUCACUUCUAAAUCUUUUGUAGUCAUUUUUGUAUUACUUUAGUAUAAAUACAUGUUAAUUUUGAUUCAUGUUGUUUUAUUCUGACUUUAUGUGAACGAAAAGACACAAAUUCGCCCGUUUUCUCAUUGGAAAUAGGUAAAUUUCAAAAUAUCACUGUCCUGGUCACAAAAGCAAAGUUUGUGGGGAAUAAGAGCCAUUUUCUAUACUUUUGAGGCAUAAGCAAUUAGGAAAUAACACUUACUACCCAGGAACAAAAAUUGUGUUACAUAGUGGAAUCACUCUGAAAAUCAUUAAAUUAUUCAGUCAUCACAUCCUGGUGCCUCAUAGUUAAAAUCACCUGAGGCAUCUAUAGAGCUCUCAAACAUUUCUUUAAUAUAAGUACAGCUGGUAGAGUAUAAUCACUACUCGCAGCCCUGCUAAAUUCUAUCUUCAGUGGAUGAAAGAAAUACCACAUUUCUUCUAUGUGGUAUUACUGAUGCAUUUCUGCUUGCAACAAAGUACACAUUUUAAGGGCACUGAUAAAUUAGAGUUGCUAUUAGCUUCAGAUUGAUAAUCAUCAAUGACAAUCAUGAUAGAUUGAUAUAAAUGCUAUGCAAUAUGUUUUGUUAUUGUUUUAAGAAUACAAAACUAAGCUAAUGUAAAAUGUGUCUUCAAAAGUGUUUAUUGUGUGUAACUUGGUUGAGUGUUAUUGUUUUUAUAUAGACACACUUGUAAAAUAUAUUCAGUCUUUGUAUUUUUAUUUGUAGUUUUCCUUUAACGUAUUAGUACCUAUUAUUGUAUAGGUUACGUUGUAUUACGUAAAGGGGCACAGUACAUUUCUGGACACUACACUCAGUAUUUGUACCUCAGACUUAUUUUUUUCUUCUUAUAAUUAUGUUUUUUAUUUACAUUUUUACCAAUACUAUAACCCUGGUGUUGUUAAGAAUAACACAUCUUGUUUGUUUUAAUAUAAUCUUUAUAGUCUUUUUAUGUUACACAGUUGGAGUUUAUACCCAUAUUGAAAUAUUCUUUGCUUUGGACGAUUCUGUGAUUGUCUCUGUUAAAGUGGAUUUAAGUUGUUACUUGUUUUUUAGUACAAACAGACAUUUGUAUUAAGUUAAAGGAAACACUGAACAUUCAAAUUUCAGUAACAUAGUUUUGUUGGGGGGCUGGUUUCACAGACCCUGAAACCGAUCAUGUAUCUUUGUUAAAAAAAAAAAAAAAAAAAAAAAAAAAAAAAAAAGUAUAUUAAUAUUGUUUUGUAUUUUGUGAAAAUAAACUGUGCUGCUGGUUGGCAGAAUUUUUUUUUUUUCUUUUUUUUUUUUAAAUGUGUUUAGUUCAGACAUAACCAGCUGUUUCGGGUGACCUUUAAUGAAAAUGUAGUAUUGAAUUGAAGAUUUGUGUUUUUUUUAUUAUUUGUAAUCUGGUACAUUCUCUUUAUAAGUAAAAUAAGGUAGCCUCCAAAACAAAGCACAGAUACAAUAGCGGUCACAGGUUUGCUUGCAUGUGAUAAAACACACAGCGCUUCGUGUGUGUUUCUUGUCUGUUCGCUUUUGUUUUGUUUUGUUUUUUACAGUAAUAAAGUGUCAUUUGUGAGAUAUCAUUUGAUGUUUUGAAUAAAAUGUCUAAGUUA